CGACUAUAAAACGAGAGCCAAGCUGCUGAAAUUAAAGCAUCAUCGGUGAGGCUGAGAGAAAAUUCACUACAAAAACUGAGCGUCCUCCCCAAAGAAAAAUUCUUAGAUAAUAAUUGCAGUUGUUGAUCCUGAAUUUUAGUUUUCCUUUUAAUUUUCCCCAUCAAAAUCUGUUUCCCCCGUUUUUCAAUUCCCUUUCUGUUCAUCAUCUUGGUUUCUUUGUGUGUGAAUGGUUUUCGUUGAUUCUUCAGACAAAACAUUCAAGCUUAUGAAACUGUGUUAUUAUUUAAAUUAAUAUUUUUAAUUUUCAUAGAUUUAGCCGAGGGUAAUUUUUUUGUAAAUCCCUCUUUUGGAUCUAACAGGUUGCUUAUUUCAAACCUUUUCGAUCCAUUUUUAUUUUCUUGAAUUUUCUCGGAAAACCUCUGUUCUUUACUUUUGAUAAGAAUCAGGUGAAUUUUUUCGGAUUCAAUUUUUUUUCUCUCUUUCAAAAAAAAUUAAAAUCUACAAAAUCAUAAUGGAAGCUGCUAUGAAUAUGUACAGUAGCAGAACGGUUCACCAAUCAGAUUCGUUUGGUGGUGGUGAACUCAUGGAAGCGCUUGUACCUUUUAUCAAAAGCGUUUCCACCUCUUCUUCUCCUCCUCCUCCCGCGUCCGCGUCUGCGUUUAUUAAUCCCGCAGCGUCUGCGUUCUCUCUUCCUACCUUCCCCGGAUAUCACCCGGAACACUUCAUGACCCAACCGUUUACAUACGGGUCGGAUCUUAACCAAACCGGGUCAUCAUUAAUCGGGCUAAACAACCUCUCUUCUUCCCAAAUCCACCAGAUCCAAUCUCAGAUCCACCACAACCAUCCUCUCCUCAGGCCAAAGCCUUUACUCAUGAAGCAACCCGGAGUCGCCGGAUCUUGUUUCCCGGCGAAGCCGACGAAGCUGUACAGAGGCGUGAGGCAGCGUCACUGGGGCAAAUGGGUGGCUGAGAUCCGUUUGCCGAGGAACCGUACUCGUCUCUGGCUAGGAACGUUCGACACGGCGGAGGAAGCAGCCUUGGCUUACGACAAGGCGGCGUAUAAGCUGCGCGGCGAUCACGCCCGGCUUAACUUCCCUAACUUACGUCACAACGGUUCCCACAUCGGCGGCGAGUUCGGCGAGUACAAGCCUCUUCACUCAACGGUCGACGCUAAGCUCGAAGCUAUUUGUCAGAGCAUGGCGGAGACGCAGAAACAGGACAAAACAGCGAAAGCUUCGAAGAAACGUGCCUCGACGGUGAAGAAAACUGAGAAGGUUGAUUUGUCGGAGAAAGUCAGUCCGGUGACGGAGUUCGUUGAGUCCGCCGGGUCUUCGCCGUUGUCGGAGCUGACGUUCGCUGACACUGAGGAGCAGCCGCGGUGGAACGAGACCUUCUCGUUGGAGAAGUAUCCGUCUUACGAGAUUGACUGGGAUUCGAUACUGUCUUGAUCAAUUAGUGUUGUUUGGUUUGGUAAGAGUAGGGGUAAAAUAGGAAUUUAGAAGCUGUCUGCAAUGGAGUUUUUGGAAAUUGCAGGGAGAGUCUAUUAGCGUAAAUAAGUUUAUGUUUAGGGGUUAAUCUUGUUUGUUAAUAUUAUGGUUUGUAUCUCUGUCUCGGUCCAGCUGCGGUUUUUUGUCAUGCUCGACCAUGCUGCCACAGGUUUCAUUUUAUGUAAUCUUCUUUUUUUGUCUUUGUAAUUUCUAGCUUCAUUUUCUGAAUAUUAAUGCGAUAAUUAUUA